CCGCUGCUUGGGCUCAGGCAUCAACAGUUGCUCGCAGCACAUUGCUCUCAAUCAUCUCAAAUCAUCCUCAAAAUCAACAACGACUCAAGAUGCGUCUGAUUCUACUCGCACUCAUCGGCUUCCUCUGCCUGGCUUUUGUCUACGGCCAACUGAAUCUGCUGGACGUGGCUGACCAAGGAGCUGCCCAUGCCAACGCCGGUGAUCGCGAGGCGCGUGGCUAUGGAGGCGGAGGUCACUAUGGAGGAGGCGGACACUACGGAGGAGGCGGUCAUGGUGGACAUCACGGUGGUCACCAUGGCCACUACGGUCGCUAGUCCAUCUCUCGAGAUGUUUGUUUGUAUCCGAUAAUAAAAUCAUAUUCUUAGAGGCAAUUACGACAGA